UGAAGGGGGCAGAGCUGGGUUGCUCAAGUGCCCCGCACGCCCCGGCUAGGGCAAGAAACUCUCUGGCUUUUCAGGGCGGCUAGUGUCCCACGGGCUAAGGGCAGGGGUAGGGCUCCAGCUGCAAGUUAAACUCCGUCCAGCAGAGAAAGGAAAAAAGGGGGGUUUGUCUCGUGCCUGUAGCCCCCAGCCCUCAAGUGACGAUGCUCGCCAGACCCUGGUGCAGCGUGGUGACUCCCCAGCUGCUCCUGGUGCUGCUGCUGCCGCCGCAUCUUCCUCAGGUUCAGAGCCACAGGGCCACUGGGCCCCGGUUUUUAAUAAGCGACCGUGACAGAGACCCACAAUGUAACCUCCACUGCUCCAGGUCCCAGUACAAACCCCUCUGCGCUUCAGAUGGCCGGACGUAUGAGUCAAUGUGUGACUACCAGAGAGCCAAAUGCAGGGACUCAGGUCUGAGUGUGGUGCAUCGAGGCAGAUGCAAAGAUGCUGGACAAAGUAAGUGUCGAUUAGAGAGGGCUCAGGCGCUGGAACAGGCAAAGAAGCCCCAGGAAGCGGUCUUCAUUCCAGAAUGCAAUGAAGAUGGAUCAUUCACACAAGUGCAAUGCCAUACCUACACUGGAUACUGUUGGUGUGUCACUCCCGAUGGCAAACCCAUCAGUGGCUCUUCUGUGCAGAAUAAAACUCCUGUAUGUUCAGGUUCAGUAACUGAUAAGCCAUCGAACCAGGGUAACUCGGGAAGGAAAGUUUCUUUUCGGUUCUUUUUAACCCUCAAUUCAGAUGAUGGUUCGAAGCCCACGCCUACCAUGGAGACCCAGCCUAUUUUUGAUGGUGAAGAAAUCACAGCUCCCACACUUUGGAUCAAACACUUGGUCAUCAAAGAUUCCAAACUGAACAGCUCCAGUAUAAGAAAUUCAGAGAAAGUUCACUCGUGUGACCAGGAGAGACAGAGUGCCUUGGAGGAGGCCAGGCAGAACCCCCGUGAGGGUAUUGUCAUCCCAGAGUGUGCUCCUGGCGGGCUGUACAAACCAGUGCAAUGUCAUCAGUCCACGGGGUACUGCUGGUGCGUCCUGGUGGACACAGGGCGCCCCUUGCCUGGUACUUCUACCCGCUAUGAGACCCCGGUGUGUGAAAGUGAUGCCAGAUCGAAGAGCACAGAGAUUGACGAUCCAUUCAAGGACCGAGAGCUUCCAGGCUGCCCAGAAGGGAAGAAAGUAGAAUUUAUUACCAGCUUACUAGAUGCUCUGACUACGGACAUGGUACAGGCCAUUAACUCAGCUGCACCUGCUGGAGGUGGGAGGUUCUCUGAGCCGGAUCCCAGCCACACACUGGAGGAGCGGGUGGUACAUUGGUACUUCAGCCAGCUGGACAACAAUAGCAGCAGUGACAUCAACAAGCGGGAGAUGAAACCCUUUAAGCGGUACGUGAAGAAGAAAGCCAAGCCCAAGAAAUGUGCUCGACGCUUCGCCGACUACUGCGACCUCAACAAGGACAAGUCUAUCUCGCUGCAGGAGCUGAAGGGGUGCUUGGGAGUCAGCAAGGAAGGAGGUAGUGCUAGCAGUUUCCCCCAUGGAAAAAGACAAGGCAUUAACCCUUUCAUAGGACGCCUGGUCUAGGAGCAGACAUGAACAGAAGACAGGAAGCCACCUGAAGGAUGAGCAGAUGGACACCCUACUGCCGUGUGGCACUGGCAACAUCCAGCGUAGCAGAAGUGACACCCAGAACGUUUGCACUUUUUUUAAUGAUUGAUUUGUUUUUUUGUUUUCUUUUAAUGCCAUUAUCUAAUUCUUUAGGGGAGGGGGAAUGAGAGCAUGACUUUAAAAAAAAAACCAUUUGGACAGCUACUGACAACUUCAGUUUCUGAGUUCACGGGGACUCGAGAAGAAAGAGAUUUUUAUAUACUGUAAAUAAAUAUAUAUGUAAAUUGUACAGUUGUCUUGUACAGGGGUUGGAAUCACUGUUUGGUCCCUCCCCUCAAUUUCAUAGGCUGUUAGGGUUAAAGGGACAUCUUGACUUCUGGAAUCCAAUAAUGCACUCUCUCGCUCUCUCUCUAGCACCUCCGUGUGCAUAAAAGCAAGUGUAUUGCCACAGCUUGUGCUCACAGAUGUGCACUGGGGGUCCCAGUUGUGCAGUAGGCCAGAUGCUUCUUGGGAGUUACUGAAUACACCCAUCUGCCACUGGAGUUGAGGGCCCACUGCAGUGUGCGGGAUUGGGCCUUUGGGAAAGCAGCGCUUCUUUCCAUCAACGAACGGCAGAUAAAGAAGCAGGAAUGGGUGCGAAGUUCAAACCUGAACCACAAAAGGCACAAAGAUAGCGCCAGAAGUAGCUACAGAUUGGGUAGUGGUGAACAACAAACCUGUUGCCAUCCAGACAAGGAAGACAUGCAGAGAAGAUGCCAUAUCUUGAAAAUCUAGUGGCACCAAGAGCACAAGGAGGAGUACCAACAGUAGGGAGGCUCAGUAUAGGGAGACCCCAGUAGUGCCAGUGGAGUACAGGGAAGGCACAGAAGUCCUGCAUCUUCACGUAUCACAAAGUGAUCAUAGAAAUAUCUUCUAUUCGUAUAUUAGAAUAAUACAAAGGAGAAAGCAUGAUGUAGCUCUGCUAUGCUCCUGAAGCCCCCUGCAGCCUGCUUAGUGCUACAGGGGAGAGAUGAGAGCACAUAUGUCAACAGAGAAAGAUACAAGAGGCCUGUCUCUAGGAGUCUACUUUCAUCUCUGUCAUUUUAGCCCAGGCUCAUUAGGAAGGCGUUGUUCAUUACAACCUGAACAAUAGCUGCUCAUGCCAUGGGUUCCCAUGCUUGCUGUGGGUGACUAUCUUCCCAUGCAGUAGUCUGAUCUAUCACAGUUCCCACCUCCCAGGAAUCUCUCUGUUCUGAUGUCUGUAGUGCAAGCCGUAGUGACGCACACUAUUAAAGCCGUGGCAAUGGCCCAGCUUGAACAGGCUGCUGCGUUCAGAGAUCACAGUGACCGUUUCAGCUGGUGGUGCCUUGGCCAAAGUUAGUAUCUUGUUCGUCUCAGUUAGACACACUUGUGAAAUCUGUAGAGGGACAGAAUCAGCCAGGUCUGUGCAUUAGAGAGCGGGGGGUGCAUGGAACAUGAUUGGAAGCAGCAGCGCAUUCCUGCUUUGUGCAUUUCUAGCCUGUUUGACCAUGUGCACGUUAUGAGGGGGGCAUUAUUUACAACCAGCUUUCAGAUGUCAGACAUGUCACGCUCUCCUGCCACUACAAUUUGGACUGCAAUCUUUGUACUCAGCUUUCUUACACACAUUCUCCUUCUAAACUAAGGUUGCCAACUCUCCAGGAUUGUCCUGGAGUCUCCAGGAAUUAAAGAUUGUUCUUUAAUUAAAGAUUGUCAUGUGAUGAAACCUCCAGGAAUUCAUCCAGCUGAAACUGGCAA